CUGGUCCUGGACUCCAAACGUUCUUCAUUUUUAGAUUUUAAAACAGGAUAUCCACAUUAAAGUUAAAACGUCCUUUCCUGCUUUCAAUAUGCAAUAUCGAUUACCUCGACGGUAUUGUAAGCGAUACUGUAACAUCCGGACACUAGGACCCGGAAGUUCGACCCUAGUAGCCUUUUGCCCAGCUACUUUUAGCCUGUCGGGGAUGUUUAAAUAUUCUGAAUGCAAAGCGAGCUCGGAUUGGUUGUGAAAUUUGCACGCUCCGAGCAAGAGGAGAGAAAAAAAUAAACAGGGCAUUCAGCGACGUCUCUCUCUCUAAAAACGGUGUGGCUUUUUUUUUUUUUUUUUUUUUUUUUUUUUGAGUUAUAAGGGGGAAUAAAAAUUAGUAACCCUACCGGCACCGAACUACCAAGCAAGAACACUGAAAAAUAAAAUGCAACGUGACAGAAGAUGCGCAACUUCCAAGAAUAACACAGUAAAAUAAAACAAGACAUUUGGAACACGAGCAAAAAAAAAAAAGGAGGCUGGGAGAUUAGCAGUCAGCAAGCGUGUUAAAAAAAAUAAAUUGCGACAAAUCUCUUUUUUUUGGGGGGUUUUGAGAGAAGGAGCCAUUUGGAACAUGUGGCAUUUUGAAGGCACGAGCGCGCGACCUGGACCAGCAGCACGCAUCGUCGAUUUGUUGUGUUAGUUUUAUUUUUUGUGAAGUCUUGCAGUUUUAUUAACUUCAAAGUUCCCCCCCUGAGAAGGACGAUAUUUCGUUUCUUUUAGGACUUCACAACAGCCAAAUUAAAAAAAAAACGUCCUGACACCGGACAAUUGAAAACGACAACAAAACCAGGCGGCUUCAUAUCAUCGCUGAACGGUUGCUGUUAUUUGAAGUAUUUUCUUAUUUAUUUUUUUAUUUUUUUGGAGUUACGAACAAACUCAAUGCUGUGAAAAAAAGGACAUGCGUUUUAAAACUGGCAUGGUUAUGUGCGGUUGUUGCAGACGUAUGAGACAAGAAACCCGAUAGUUAUCUUAAAAUAUUUAAUUUUUUUUUUAAAAAAAGUUUGUUUUUCAAGCCCGAAUAAAAAUAAAAAGCACAAGCUUGCAAAAUAAAUAAAUAAAUAAAUAAAUAAAUAAAUAAAUAAACAUUAAAACACUUUCGAGUGUUUGUUUAUGCAUUUCUAGACUCGAAAGAAGGACUGAAACAGGACAGCUAGCAUGGCAGCUGAUUUAUUUGCAGUAGAAAUAUUAUGAUUUAUGAUUUAUGAUGAUUAUCAGGUUAGCUGUAGCUCCCGGCUCUUGUGUGUGACAAAGCAAGACAUUUUCAGUUUACACAACAAACAGAAAAUAACAGCUCAGCACUUUUUGGGGGCUUUUGACAUUAAUAAUACUUUAAAUAACAUUCAUAAUGCUUGCGGCAUCGCUGAUGCACACAGAGCCGACGAGGCUGAGUGAAAUGUGUACAGUAGUGUACAGUCUAGGGAAAGUGUGCAUUGCAUUGCUUGCAAGCGUGCAAUGAGAGAAGCGUCCUUUUAAAACAAUAAAAGGGGGCUCUUUUUAUGGUGGUUAAACUGCACGAAGGUGGGGAUAAUAAUAUUAACAAUAUCGCCAUGGAAAACCAAGCCCCCGAACAGUUUCAGGACGACGUGAGAAAAUCGGGUUACCUCAGAAAGCAAAAAUCCAUGCAUAAGCGCUACUUCGUGCUCAGAGGGGCCUCGGAAAGGGGUCCGGCCCGGCUGGAAUAUUACGAAAACGAGAAAAAAUUCCGAGCCAAGGCUCCCAUCCCUAAAAAAGCCCUGAACUUGGAGACGUGUUUUAAUAUCAACAAGCGGGCCGACUCGAAGAACAAGCACCUGAUCGUGGUGUACACGCGGGAGGAGAGCUUCUGCAUCGCGGCCGAGAGCGAGGCGGAGCAGGAGGGUUGGUACGAGGCCAUGGUGAAGCUCCAAUGCAAAAGUAAGGUCCACGUGGAGAGCCCGGAGUACGGCGUGGUCGUGGAGACUCCCGGUCCCGCUUUCAAAGAGGUCUGGCAGGUCAAAGUGUGGCCGAAAGGUCUGGGCCAGGCCAAGAACCUGGUGGGGAUCUACCGGCUGUGUCUGACCGAGAAGACGGUCAACUUCGUCAAGCUGAACUCGGACGCGGCCGCCGUGGUCCUGCAGCUCCUGAACGUGCGCCGCUGCGGUCACUCCGAGAACUUCUUCUUCGUGGAAGUGGGGCGCUCCGCCGUGACGGGCCCCGGGGAGUUCUGGAUGCAGGUGGAAGACUCUGUGGUGGCCCAGAACAUGCACGAAACAAUCCUGGAAGCCAUGAAGUCCUUGAGCGAGGAGUUCCGACAGAGGAGCAAGAGCCAGUCCUGCUCGACCUCCUCCAAUCCCAUCACCGUCCCCUCGAGGAGGCACCACCCCAACCCUCCCCCGAGCCAGGUGGGGUUCCCCCGCCGCUCCCGCACCGACACCUCCAGCACCAGCAGCAACCCCUCCCCUACCCCGGCCCCCAAGAACGGCCACCCCCACGCAGGCGACGGCCCCCGAACAGAAGGAGCCAGCCCCAACGGCACCACCCCAACCCUGGCCGUGAGAUCCGUCCGUCCCUCUGUAAAGACCCCUCUGGGCCUGACGAAAUCCACCCCUUCCCCAGCCCCCGGCUCCGCUUGCCUGUCCUCCAGUACCUCCCUCGGCUCCGAAUGUGCCUACAUCCGGGAACUGUGUGCCGGAGGGGCGUCUGCGGCAGGGUUCCCCAGCGAUUACGGAUCCUCAGACGAAUACGAUUCCAGCCCCGGGGAGCACUCGCAAGGCCGCAGUUUGACCCCCGACAUCCUGGGAGGUUAUCACCCGCUAGGAGGGGCCGAUUACAUCGCCAUGGGGAGGCAGGAUGGGAGGAGCGGCGGCCCGGCCAAUCCGCUGCCUUCACAGCCGCCUCGGAGGGUGUUACGCCGGUCCUCCAGCCGGGAGAGCGAGGCUGAGCGGAGGCUGCUAAGCAAACGGGCCUCCCUGCCUCCCAUGUCCCUGGAGAAGCUGACCCCGGGCCUGCCUAGGAGGAGGGUCCCGCAGGACUUGGGAGCGGCAGGGGAGGAGGGAGAGGAGGACUAUGCAGUGAUGUCCCGCGGCGCCAGCCAGCGGCCCUUCGCUCUGCAGGGAGCGGGAGAGAGCUACCUGGACCUCCCCGGGAGCAAAUCUCAAGCCAGCGAAGCCCAGCCGACGAGGGACAACGGCUACAUGGCCAUGCUGCCUGGCGUGGCCAACGGUGGCCAAGACGAAAGAGCAGCUGGACACGCGGUCAAGCUGGACGACUACAUGGCCAUGACCCCCAACAGCAGCGUCUCCCCUCCCCAUCGGAUCAACCCCCUGCCUUCCGACGGGUACGUGAUGAUGUCCCCCAACGGAAGCUGCUCCCCAGAUCAGAAAGGGGGUACCUGGGGCGGGCACCCGCUAGCCGGGGCUGGAGGGAGCAGCGUGGACAGCAAAGCCGGGAGCGACUACAUGAACAUGUCCCCCGUCAGCAGCCGGUCCUCCUGCAGCACGCCCCCCGACGUUCUGCUCCCCGACCCCCCGAAGAUGGUCUACUCCUACUACUCCCUCCCGCGCUCGUACAAGCACGCCCCCCCCGCCGCCGCGCGAUUCGAAGGAGGCGCACAGACCCCCACCGCCGCCAACGACAACCCGGCCCGGUCUUGCGUGACCAGACAGAGCAGCAGCCGGCUCCUCUCCUCCUCCUCCUCCUUCUCCAGCUCCGCCAGCAGCGAGAGCCUGGGAGAAGCGGAGGAGCGUCCUGGGAGGUCUUUCUCGGGUGCCGUGGGGAACGGGCAGAGGAGAGGCGGGCAGCGUAGCCGUCCCGUCAGCUUGUUCAUCGACGUGUCCAAAGCCAGCACUCUCCCGCGGGUGCGGGAGACCCCCCUCCCCCCAGAACCCAAGAGCCCCGGGGAGUACGUCAGCAUUGAGUUCCGCGGAGGCGCCAGUGGAGACUUGGGACCGUCAGUCAGGCUUCUGCGUAGACCUCCCUCGUGCUUAACCGGCUACCACGACCCGCUCCAGCAAGACCUGCUGGGAUCCGAGUACGUCAGCAUGGACCUGGGGCCCCCGUUAGCCCUCCCGGGCUACCCCGCGGUCGAGGAGAGGAGGCCGGUUCUGUCGAAGCCCAGCCCCCAAGCUGGUCCGGCCAGCGAAGCGGCCAGCGAACCCUGUCGGAGAGCCGUGCCUCUGGAGUCCCCCACUUUCGAGGACUACACAGAGAUGGCUUUCAGCGCGGGCUCCCUGACCCCCAAAUCUGCCUCCCCCAAAGAGGAGCCGGCUGGGGGCCAGGCCGAUCUGGGGCAGGUCUUCCCCCUGCCCAAGCUGAGCCCCAAUCCGGAUCAGGGGGCGAAGGUAAUCCGGGCGGACUUGCGUCGGAGGCACUGUUCCGAAACCUUCCUCCAGCAGCACAACCCCCCGCCCCUGGUCUUCGCCGAUCACCCGCAGGUUACCAAGCGACUGGGGUUCGAGAGCGUCUGGGGAAAAGGGGAAGCUGGCAGCGAGCCAAACUCCCAGUCCUGUCUGCUUUUCUACCCCUCGGCUGCAGCCCCUCCACCUCCCGCCAGUGUCUCCAUGGAGCAAGGCCUGAACUACAUCGACCUGGAUCUGGCCAGUAAGGAGCUGGCCCACCCGGCUCUCGAAGGAGCAGCGUCCGGCCAGCCUGCCCCUCCUCGGCUCUACUCCUCUCCCCUGUCUAACGGAGGGACCCCUGCCUUGGCUGUCAACACCUACGCCAGCAUCGACUUCCACAAGUCUGAGGAGCUGAGGUCGCACCAGAGCAGCGGCAAGGACGGCACAGGACGGAGCACAAGGAGGUGAAGUGACAGCGAGGCAGUCAGUGGCAGAGGUGGGAUUUGAACCAGUGACCUUCUGGUGACAAACCCUGGACAUUAACCAAUGGACCGCACUGCCCAGUUUCUCUCUAAAUCUGCCUUCGCCUGGCUUUGAGCAUGUCUGGAGACUUUUAUAAAAUCCUUGUUCUUUUAACACUGUGUUCAGAUAAUCUGCUGACUCAGUGCGUGGCUGGGUGUGUGUGUGUGUGUGUGUGUGUGUGUGUGUCGGGGGUAACGUCUCCACCAUGCCUGCUGUUUAGACUGCAGAGAUCCAGCCAGUGGGACUGCGUUAUCUCCUCCGUUAGAAUCGUGGGGGAGCAGCACGCUGUGUUCUUUGCACUGGCUCCAGAUUAUAAGGUUGUUUUUGAUGAAGGAGACGGCUCCAUGCUUGCCCUGUUUAACUGAAAAGGAGAGGCUAUUAUUAAUGAGUCAUUUAGCAGACGCUUUUAUCCAAAGCGUCUUACAGAUACUAAGGGGGUGAACUAUGCAUCAUCAACAACUGCUGCUGCAGAGUCACUUCCAAUAGGAGCUCGUUUGUUUGACGUCUCAUCCGAAGGACGGAGCACAAGGAGGUUCAGUGACUUGCUCAGGGUCACACACACACAGGGAGUCAGUGGCUGCUGCAGAGUCACUUCCAGUCUUGGUUUUACACCUAAUCUGUAUGACAGUAUAAAAACAGCAAAACCAGUCCAUCAUUUAGAAGUAUCUCGCCAGUGUGGUGAGGCAGUUGAAAACACAAAUAGAUUGUUGGUCUGUUCUGCACACAAGUCUGGAGCGGUCCUGCUAAUAUUAUACAGUGCCUUAGUUAGAUCCCACCUAGAUUACUGAGAGGUUAAAGGAUCUUUUUAAAAAAAGAAGGGGUAGAGGAGACUGGAUUUGAAGUCGCUAGAAUCAUAACGGUCACUGGGGUGUAUUUGAAAAGGAACUUCUGUUGGGAGUUCUUUUGGUAUUUAUAGACUCCAUAGCCUUAUAGAGUAAUAAAAACGAUUAGGAUCAUCCUUGCUACCAUAUCCUGAUUGUACAAAUCUGCGUUAAUGCGAUCAAUUGAAUCCCCCCCCCAAUUCUGCAACAGAGGGGGAUUCAUGUAUUUAAAUUGAGUUCAGUUUGUUUAGACUUAAUAUUU